AUGUCUAAACUUUCAGCUGCUGAAGAACAAUCUACCAAUGCCUAUGGAUGGGCUGCUAGAGAUUCCUCAGGAAUUCUAUCUCCUUUCCAUUUCAUUAGGAGGGCCAAUGGCGAGAAAGAUAUCACCCUGAAAAUACUUUACUGCGGAAUUUGCCACUCUGAUCUUCACUUGGUCAAGAACGAGCUUGGUAUUACCAACUAUCCAAUCGUUCCCGGGCAUGAGAUUGUAGGUGAAGUCAGGAAAGUCGGACCAAAUGUAACGAAGUUCAAAGUAGGAGACAAAGCCGGCAUUGGUUGCAUAAUCGGUUCGUGCCGAAAAUGCAACAAUUGCAAAGAUGAUUUGGAAAGCUAUUGCUCCAAGAUGAUAUGGACGUUCAACCAAGAGUAUUUCGACGGAUUAAGAACUUUUGGUGGGUAUUCAGACAAACUGGUGGUUGACGAGCACUUUGCUGUCCGAAUCCCACAUGGUUUUGCGUUAGAUGGAGCUGCACCAUUGUUAUGUGCGGGGAUUACAGUUUAUAGCCCAAUUAAAUAUUUUGGAUUGGCCCAUCCUGGUAAUCAUUUGGGCAUUGUUGGGCUAGGCGGACUGGGUCAUGUGGCCGUGAAGUUUGCCAAAGCUCUUGGUGCCAAGGUUACUGUUAUUAGUACCUCACCUAGCAAGGAAAAGGAAGCAAUUGAACACCUCGGUGCUGAUGCGUUUUUGGUCAGUCGUGACCAAGAUCAAUUGCAGGCUGCUAUGGAGACAAUGGAUGGUAUUCUGGACACAGUUUCUGCUCCUCAUUCUCUAUUGCCUUUGGUUGGUUUAUUGAAGACAAAUGGCAAAUUAAUUGUGGUCGGUGCUUCAUUAAAGCCUCAUGAGCUACCAACUAUGCCUUUAAUUAUGGGUAGGAAGCUCAUUGCUGGUAGUGCAGCUGGGGGAAUGAAAGAAACCCAAGAGAUGAUAGAUUUUGCAGCAAAAAACAAUAUCACAGCCGAUAUUGAAGUUAUUCCCAUGGAUUACGUGAACACUGCUCUUGAACGACUUGCUAAAGGAGAUGUUAGGUAUCGGUUCGUCAUCGAUGUGGGAAACACUUUAAACCCUCCAUUUUGA